UUUUGCAAGCGUGUUCCAUACAUACACUCUCCUCAAACAUUUUUCAUUCUCAGCAGUCACAAUAUCCCUUUCCUUUUACACAAGACACCAAAGUUCACAGCUUUUUUGUUCUUUCCCUCGAUUCACGAACUGGGUCACCCUUUGAUUUUCGAUUGGGUUUCGAGCCACACCCCAGAUUCCACUUUCUUUGACUUUCAACCUAAACCCAGUGCUGUUGUGUGAUUUGAAGGAGAGUUUUUAAAGUGGGUUGGUUUUGGAUUUCUGUCACUGACGCGUCCUGGGUCGCCGUGCCCGUGCUUUCCCUCCCUUGGAUUCCGCUGAGUGUUUCUGUGCACGAGAACAGUGAAAGUUUCCAGUUACAGUGUUAGCACCAUGGAUUCCCCUCAAUCUGUUGUGUCACCCUUCAGGAGCUCAGUGUUGGGUGAGAGUGAGAAGCACAAGUCUGAUGUUUUCUCGGGAAACUCUAGUCCUUUGUCCAAGGACAUUGAAGUGAAUGGGAAGGAAGUUGUCAUGUCAAAUGUAGAUGAGUUUCUUGGAGUGCUCGAUGUUUACAUACACCAGGCCAGGGACAUUCAAAACAUUUGCAUAUACCACAAGCAAGAUGUUUAUGCUAAGAUUUGCCUGACCAGUAACCCUGAGAACAGUGUGUCUACCAAAACCAUCAAUGGAGGAGGAAGGAACCCUGUGUUCAACGAGAAUCUCAAAGUCAAUGUUAGGACUGUUGAUGCUUCUCUCAAGUGUGAGAUAUGGAUGCUUAGCAGGGUGAAAAAUUAUCUAGAGGACCAAUUGCUUGGUUUUGCUUUGGUGCCUUUGUCUGAAGUACUAGUCCAGAAUGGGAAACUUGAGAAAGAGUUCUCUCUUUCUUCAACUGAUCUGUUCCAUUCUCCUUCAGGUUUUGUUCAGUUGUCACUUUCUUACACUGGUGCUUCACCUGAUGUUAUGGCAAUUUCUGCUAUGCCGACCAAGGUGGCCACGGAUGCUGCAACAUCCGAGUCACUAGCAAGGGAUUUAGACAAAAUUGAGUUUCCGGAUCCUAAGAUUGUGAAUGAAGACCACUUGAUGGUUUCGGAAUACUUUGGUAUUCCAUGUGAGGAGACUCAGUGUUCAGAUAGCUUGGCUACUUCUGAUGCAGAAAAUCAGAGUUCCGAAGCCGGUGUUCGGCUUGUGGAAAGCUUUGCAGCCUGCAGUGUUGAAUCUGUUCAGCCUCCUAAGGUUGAUUCCCCACCAAGCAGUGUGUCAACAAAUGGGGUUUCAUCACCUUCUGUGCCUGCAAGUUCAGAAUCAUCUGAUGCUGCUGCUUCUAAGCCUCCGAGUCAGGAGCAAGUUUCAGGCACCAAAGAGGACAAAAAUGUGGAUGCCAAAGAUGGUGAGAGUGAUUCCUCAAGUGGGGUUCCUAGUGACUCAUUCCCUAAACCUCUUGUGAGUGUAAACAUUGAGCCUGAGCCAAAGGUGGUUCAGCAGGAUAUAGGAGACAUGUACAUGAAAAGCAUGCAGCAAUUCACUGAGUCAUUAGCAAAAAUGAAGCUCCCUAUGGACUUUGAAAGUGAACCAACUAGUUCAGGAAAUUCAACCACUGAGCAGAAACUACAGCCAUCAAAGAGCAACAAUUCCCGUGUGUUUUAUGGCAGCAGAGCUUUCUUCUGAUCUUUUGCUUCCCUUGUUCAAGGGAAUACGGGCAAUCACUGUAGAUUUUAGAAGAAAACUGAUAUUAGUAGUGAAGUGGAAUAAUGUACUAUCCUGUGUGGUUUCCCCUUCUGUAUUUCAUCACGUGUUGGUUGUAGGUUACAGGGAAAUAUAACUUUGUACUCUCACAAGCUUGUUGUUUUCUUAAUUGCUACAUGAACUUUUGUGUUACUUUCUUCCUU